UUUUUAUCUGUUUUUCUUUUACGUCUAGGUUCGUGAUGGCUAACGUCGAGCUGGAGCAUCAAAUCCUCUGCAUUUCUACACAAGAGGCAGGUCGCGUUGACGUUGUCUUGAUCCCUCCAUCAAGACCUUGGCUCGACAGAUCAAGUGGUUCUCCAUCAAGCCGGAAUUCGAGACCCGCCCUAUCGUCCGUCUUGUUUCUACAAGCAUCGCACACACACGAUAACGGUAGCAAAAGUGUCACUGCACGCCGACAAGACUUGACAGCCCAUUGCGCAUUUAUUCUUUGACAAAAAAAAAAAAAGAAGAAAGCGAGACAAAAAGUGUGAGUGAGAGACAGAGAGGGAUAUUAUCCUGAAUGCCUACCUACGGCGCGGUUAGUCAUCUUUCUGCUCUCUCUACAAGAGAAUCAAACAAACUGUUGUGUCGGAAUCCGUGAAAAAGGUCGGGUUGCUCCAUCGGUGUAGCGUCGAUUAGACGAUUUCCAUCUUCAUUUUCAACUGUCGCCUUAACGGAAAAAAAAAAUAAAACAAUCCUCCGCCAUGGCCUUAAUAUCGCUACAAAAUGGAGCCAGGACGUUCCUUUGUUUAUUGGUGUGGUCGACGGUGAUCUCUUGCCUAACGGCCGCCUGUCCGGAUUCGUGUACCUGCAAGUGGAAGGGCGGAAAACAGACGGUGGAAUGCGUGAACAAGGGACUUAUUGCUUUGCCCGAAGGCAUGGAUCCUGAGACUCAGGUGUUGGACAUUUCCGGAAGCACUUUACAAAUACUGCACCGGACGUUGUUCCAGCGCUACGGAUUGGUCAACCUUCAACGCGUCUACUUGGCUCGCAGUCGGCUGGGACACCUAGACGAUCUCACGUUCCAAGGAUUGACUAACUUGGUCGAAUUAGAUCUCAGCGACAACAUGCUGACUUCUAUUCCGGUGGCUGCUUUGUCGGAGCUACCUGCACUAAUGCGACUCUCUCUAGCACGUAAUCCCGUGCGCCGCGUGAGCGCCAAUUCGUUCCGCAACCUGCGCUACCUUAUUACGCUAGAACUCAGCCAAUGCCAAAUCGAAGCUGUGGAAGCCGGCGCAUUUGACGGCCUCAAGGCGCUCGAGUGGCUCAAGCUAGACGGUAACGCACUAGCUAAUAUUGGCGGAUCGGCCGUCCUUCCGCGCUCCUUACACGGUGUGACGCUACACGACAAUCCAUGGCGAUGUGACUGUCAAUUGUCGCAACUAAGAUCAUGGCUAGUCCAGUUCAACAUUCCGCUCUCUAUGGAACCGAAAUGCUCCCUACCUGAACGACUUGCUAGCCGGCUGGUGAAGUCGCUCGACCCCAUGGAUUUUGCCUGUGCUCCGCAAAUUUCAUCAUCCGUCACCAUCCUUGAGGUAUCAUUCGGUGACAACGUGACGCUCAGUUGUCACGUGACUGGUGAUCCGGAUCCUCGCGUCUCUUGGUUUCAUAACGGACAGAAAAUUACGGCCACGUCUAGUAGUACAGCGCUUUACUCUUCCGCCAACGAAACGGAAGUUGCCGAAACGAGCUUUUACUACACUUUUAUUGGCGUUGAUGGAUCAGAUAGUCAACGCAGCGUCUUGAACAUCGUCAACGCCACAACCAAGGAGAACGGAUCGUACGUUUGCACGGCCGAGAAUCGCGCUGGAUCGGCCCGCAAUAAUUUCACUUUACUUGUGCUGCCGCUGCCGACUCCUCCUCCUCCGCCGGGUAGCAUCGAAUACGUCAUCACGGUGGGCGGAGUGGUGGCGGCCAUCGUCAUCACCAUGGUCAUAAUCGUUGUGGCCGUGGCGGUGCGUUGUUGCUGCUGUCGUCGUCGAAGUCAUCGGACACGCGACAAGACGGCCAACAAUAUUGCAUCUAUUGGCGGUGUAGGCGACUCAGCCAAAACUAAGACCAACUCAAGCCUUUCUCCGGAGUUGCCACCACGUCCAAUCCAGAUGUUGCCAUCGUCAUCCAACAUUGGCAAUAAAGGCGAUAACGGCUAUAGCAUCGGAGUCCCGUUGCCCGGUGGAGUGAGGGCCGGAGGAGGAGAACGCGAAUAUCACUCAACCGCUCUUGACAGCUCGCUAGAUCAAAGUCCGGAUUUGAUCAACGAUACAACGGCUACCGCCAAGUGGAAAGAACAGAACGCACAAGCCGUCUCGUUGGACGAUGGCCAGUUUUCACCAGCUUUGUAUGCCAGUAGCGCAGGAUCCCCGUCCAACGGCAAUGGAAGUCAAUACUACCCAUGUUCUGUUCCGCAGUUGUCGACAAUUAGCGAGACCGUACUCCAGCAACAUCAGCAGCACUUUUACCCUGCUCAAUGCUCUACAAAUGCUUAUCACAGUUCUAGCAGUUUGGCUGUUCUAAACCCCGCUGGAUACCUGGUACCAAUGUCCAUGACUGGCCUACCAUUAGUAGAUGCUGAAGGGUUUCCCAUCGACUACGGUCUACCGCGACCCAGUCGACCGACACGGCCGACUCAGACUCAUGUCCGAUUUGCCGAUCCACCGUCGGUGAGCGUGCGCCAUUAUGAGAAUUACGUCGUGGAUGGCGAUAAUCUACAAGAAGCGACCAUGGAGAAUUUUUUACCUGACCGCAAGUAUCCCGACUCAUACGAUCCGUUGCCCAGUAGCCCAUUGAAUUGCAGCCAUCAUUCGGAAAUCCGUUACCCUUCUGAACGCUAUCCGCAGAAUUUCUCCCCAUCUUCUUUCCCCGCUGGUUAUAACGGAACUGGUAGCUACGAAGAGGUCAUCGCCGCUCCACCAUCCGGCUAUGCUGCACAUCCAAACCACCAACACCAGCAUCAGCAACAAGAAUACAUGUACCCACCACCUGGUCAAAUGAUGAAGCCUAACUCGUCGACGAGUAUCGAAAGCUCUGAGAAUUCGACUCUCACAUUGACAGGUGGUGCCCCGUCGUCACCUUUGGAUGUCAGCAUCAACGACGCAUCCUCUUCCUCGCCGGGAUUCCUGUGUUCGUCGACCUUACAGCGACAACCGCACGAAUCUCCUGACGAAGGAUAUGAAGACGAAGGGAUUGAUGGAACUGAAAUAUGAAUCCCACAAUGUUUAAUAGACAUACAAAUGUAAAUGGUCCGACAAAGUGGCAGCCAUGAUUUUGCUUGCGUAUUCUGUACGAGCAAUUCAUUUUGUGGAGCCAAUCGAAUAAUCUUCGUUAUUUGUAUGCUGUUCGUCGUGUCUUCAGCUAUGGGACUUUGCGCUAAGUUUGUCGUUGCACUGAAAUGGCCUAUAAUGUGAGUUGAAAAACCCAUACAAUGAAAUCAAUUUUCGUUGAAGAUGUCUAAUUCGCUAAUAACUCCUUUUUUAUUUACAAUGUAAUUCUCAUUGCAUUAUUUUAAUUUUUUUUAAUCGUUUGCUCCGUGCGCCUGUCGCCAGUGAAUGUCUUUCUUUGAUGUCCUACUGUUAUACCUCCCCCUCCCCCCACCCCCCCCCCCCAAAAAAAAAUGAAGAACAGCAAAAAAAUAUUUAAGCACAUAAGGAAAAAAAAAACAAUGAGGAGCAUUUGUGGUGAUUUCUCGUAUAUGUUGUUAUUUGCGUAAUUAAUAUCUACAUGCUGAGCUUGUAUCCAGGUGACGGUACGUAGCUGUCUAUUAUUUGGAAGAGAACGGUUACGUAACUUCAUAUGAGAGUGCAGGCGAACUGGUUUUUGAAUGUACAUAUUUUAAUAUACACGAUACAAAAAUGGUUUAUAUGUAACCGAGCCAGAAGAAUAUAAAACAUGGAUUUCCUUA